AUGAUUUUCAUAAUUGCAUUUGUUUUACUUCUUUAUAUAACUUAUCGAUUAUAUCAACAUUUUUUCCCUGCACCUGACAUAAAUCCUCAAGGUAAAUACGUUCUUAUUAGUGGCUGUGACACUGGCUUUGGUAAUGCAUUAGCCAUUGAACUUGACAAACAAGGUUUCAAUGUUUUUGCGGGUAUUUAUAGUAAUACUAGUAAAGCUACAUUAACUAGUCAACUUUCAUCACGAGCUACCGUCUUCGUACUUGAUAUUACCCAACAGCAACAUAUUGACAAAGCUUAUGAGAUGAUCAAAGGAAAGACAAAUACUCUUCAUGCUUUGGUUAAUAAUGCCGGUGUUAUAGCUGCUGGACAUAUUGAUUGGAUCACUGUCGAAUCAAUACGCCAAGUAAUGGAUAUCAACUUUUUUGGGCAUGUAGCUAUGACCAAAACAUUCUUACCAUUACUUAUUACGAAACGAGAUUCACGUGUGGUGAACAUUUGCUCUAUAGCCGGCUUCAUAAGUGUACCAUCUGGUACUGCCUAUUGUGCUUCUAAAUACGCACUUGAAUCAUUCUCAGAUUGUCUUCGUCGUGAAAUGUUCACCUGGGGCUUGCGCGUAAGCAUCAUCGAGCCAGGUAUCAUGCGAACACCAAUCAUUCAAAAGCAUGCUCAAGCUACCAACUAUGAGAACAUGCAGUUACCAUCUGAUGUUAAAGAAAGAUGGGGCGAGGAUUUUUUUGCAUGUCACUUUGAAAAACUGAAACAAAAUCCUCUACUUAAGUGGGCGGAAGAUCCAAUUAAAGUAGUGCGAGCAUUACAACAUGCAGUUAUAAGUACAGCUCCGCAUAUCCGCUAUAAACCUGGCUGGCAAUCAAAACUUAUCUAUUAUCCUUUAUCAAUGUUGCCCACCUGGUUAGCUGACAUCUAUUUCAUCAAAACACGUAGUUCACCCAUUAUACCAGCUGGUAUCAAGAAACAACUCAAGCAAUAA